AUGCAUUUCUUCUCAUGGGUUCUUCGUAUUGGAAUCUUACGAAUUCAGCCAAAUUUCAAGGACAUGUGGCUUAGACAAGUUGAUCCAAAAAAUCGCAAGAGUAGUGUUGCGGGGAUAGCUCAGUUGGGAGAGCGUCAGACUGAAGAUCUGAAGGUCGCGUGUUCGAUCCACGCUCACCGCAUUUUCAAGCUUCGCCUCCUCCCUUUUUGGGGAUAUCGUAAGGCUAUAUAUGCUCGCUGGCCCAAUACAUAUGUGAUCACCUAG